AUGUAUUCUAUGAUAAAUGUUCCAUAUAGAAUUAUUCUUGUCGUUUUAACAUUGUUUUAUAUUGAUUAUACAUCAAGCAAGAAACUAUUUGAUAUGUAUGGAAAAGGUGCUUGGGCUCAUUCAACAGAAAUAAAAUUUCAAUGUUUUUCUGGUGAUUCUUUAAUUAGAUUAUCGAAUGGUGAAAACAAACAAAUAGCUUAUCUUAAAUCAGGUGAUGAAAUUCUUACUAUUGAGCAAUCAAAAAUUGUUUCUACUCAAAUGAUAAUGAUGUUAGAUAAGCAAAUUUCAAAAGAAGCUUUAUUUUAUAAAUUAAAAACAGAGUCUGGUCAUGAAAUAAGUUUAACAGACUUUCAUUUAAUACCAAUUAUUUCUUCAAAUGGAAAUCAAACUUAUUUAGCUGCAAAACAUAUUCAGAUAGGAGAUUUUUUAUAUGUUUUAUUUAAUGAUAAAUUACAAUAUUCUCCAGUUAUUAAUAUAACAAUUGAAAUAAAAAAAGGUUACUAUGCUCCAUUAACAAUGAAAGGUACAUUAUUAGUUAAUGAUGUCUUAGCAAGUUGUUUUGCAUAUGCUAAAAAUCAUCAUUUAGCACAAUUAUAUAUGUUUCCUUUUCGUCUCUAUUAUAAAUUGACUCGAUUCUUUUAUUUAAAUGAUUCAUUUAAUAAUUACAAAUCCGAAGGUUUACACUGGAUAAUUGCAAUUAUGUUUGAUUUUGCACGUUAUUUUAGACCAGAAACAUUAUUUUCAUAA